AUGGUCACAACAAGAGGAAUGCGACAGGCAGUGGAUGUGCCACCACUGAGCGAAUCUGAUCCCACCGCCACUCAUGCAGUAGUGACUGUGGCUAAGCCCAUGGUGAAUCAGAAACAAUGUGGUAGGCAUCAAAAAGUGGCUUCAGAAAUGCCACCGCCUGAGAUCGUCAACCCCCUUCCUGUGGGCCUGGCAGUUGAGGAACCAGAGGAACCAAGUGAGCCCCAGGUUGUUUCCUCAGUUCCUGCCCUUGUUUUCCCCAUUCUUGCCCCCAUUUCUCCUAUUCUCACCUCUGCCACUGACCCUCCUGUCAUGAGGAAGACCAGAAAGUUGCACACUAAAGCCAAGGCAAUUGAGGCUGACCAAACAGAGCAGAUCAGCAUUCCAGAUGGUCCUGCCACUUUGGGCACAGUUAACCCAAAAGAAAUUAUAAAUGUCAAGCACAAGAACAAAAAGCUGCAAGUUGCAGCAAAAGUUUCCACAGUCAUUCCUGACUCCGACUAUGCGAUGAUGAAUGAACUUGAAGAUCUGUCUAGUGAUGAAUCUGAGAUCACUGGUGCACUGGGUGCAGACGAUGCUCCAGUGCUAGUCCAAGAGGAGGCAGUUGAAGACUUCAAAGUUGAGACUAAUGAUGUCAUCAAACUUCUUUGA